AACCUCUAGACCUCCCUCUAUAUAUUUGAUAUUUCUUCUACAAAGCUAUUCACCAUCUCUAAAUCUAAAACUACUAGCAAGUUUUUACCUUUCUCCAUUCUUCUUCAUCUGCACAGUCACCAACCAUCUUCUCUCGUAUCAAAGUCUCUGUCAUGGCCACUCUCAAAGCUUCGAUUUUGCUCAAAACCCUCGACAGUGACAUCUCCGGAGAUGUUCUUUCCGAUCUGGGACGUCGUGGAUCCGGUGCUGUUCAUGUUAUUAUGGGUCCUAUGUUUUCUGGGAAAUCGACCUCUCUUCUCCGCCGAGUCAAGUCAGAGAUCAGCGCCGGGAGAAGUGUUGCGAUGCUGAAAUCGAGUAAGGAUACGAGAUACGCCAAAGAUUCGGUGGUGACACAUGAUGGAAUUGGAUUCCCUUGCUGGGCUCUUCCAGAUCUCAUGUCAUUUCCUCAUAAAUUCGGACAAGAUGCUUAUAACAAGCUUGAUGUGAUUGGUAUUGACGAGGCUCAAUUUUUUGGAGAUCUUUAUGAGUUUUGUUGCAAAGUCGCUGAUGAAGAUGGCAAAACAGUGAUUGUUGCAGGCCUAGACGGUGACUAUUUAAGAAGGAGCUUUGGUGCUGUUCUUGAUGUUAUACCAAUAGCUGACUCUGUGACAAAGCUAACGGCAAGGUGUGAGGUUUGUGGACAGAAAGCUUUCUUCACUUUAAGAAAGACUUGUGAUACCAGAACCGAGCUUAUUGGUGGAGCUGAUGUCUAUAUGCCUGUUUGUCGCAAGCAUUACAUCACUAAUCACAUUGUCAUUAAAGCAUCUAAGAAAGUGUUGGAAGAUUCUGACAAGGCCAGAGCUGAAUCCUGUGUUGCUGCUAUUAUCUAACUAUAUAUUACAAGUACCAUAUGUUAUAGUGAAUUCUUCUUCAUCUUUUUGUUUUAUUUUACUUGUUUGGGUUUCUCCUUAUUGUUGUCUUUGAAAACCACUUGUGAUGUUGAUCUUUGUACAUAAAUAUAAGUUUGGUGCUUUCUCUCAUG